AUGACGAAAAACCAAAUAACCUUUCUGAUACCCGAUAACGUCUCUUCCAUACCGCCUUCCGAUGCACUUUUCUUGACGGUGACAAAAGCUGGAAUUGUUUGGCACGAGUUGGCGCCCAUAUUACUGCGAUCGUCACCCAAAACUGUGGCCAAACUCUUGCGAUUGCUGCAACUAUCCUCCAAAACAACAAGAAGUAAAAUACUAUCAUCAAGUGAUGAAACGACGUCGAUAGAAAAAGGAGAGCAGGAUGAUGACGAUAAAAAAGGAGAAUCCGACAAGAACGUCGUCCAAUCAUCGCAAUCAUCGCAACAAGAGGACAAUCCUCAUCCAGGAUUUCGUUUUCGACGAUUACUCUCCCGCUCUCUGCCGUCCUUCACCCUGGUGCUUGUCCCUCCAACUAGCAACCAAAGUCCUGAUGCAACCUUUUUGUCCGUGGUCCUCCGAACAGAACACAGAAUGCUCAAGCUGCAGACUUUGAGUGCCGUUUUAAGCACACUGGGUGGCGGCUACUUUUUUUGCAAGCACCUUUCCAUUUCUCUAGUCCUUGCGAGACAACAACGAGCGUUGGCAUACAAGUUGGGUCAUAUUGGAAUGGUCCGACAAUGCACCGUGAACGAAGCCUACAAUCUGAUUUAUGCGGGGCGGUUUGGAGAGGCCAAACGAGUCUUGACGCAACUGGAAGCCAGCUUAAUUGGUUCGGACGACGAGACGACCAGGAAUCAGUGCCAUGCGGCACGAUUGUUUGCCAAACGCUUGAAACAAGUGGCGGCCAAGGGAACAUUGAAACAGUACAAUCCAAACGAUGUUACACAGAGCCAUACAGUGGACGACUUUCAACGAAUACGGAUUGUGGCGGCGUAA